AUGAUACGCCUCGAGUUCGAGCCUCAUGAGCUCAACCUCAUCAAACAGGGCCUGUGCCAAACAGGCUUCGCCUAUCUCGACCCUGACAACAUCAUUGACCAGGAACACUGGAUUCUUUUCAAGUCCCUCGAACUUCAUCCUGACGAGCGUCCGUUUCGAACCCGCAAGCUCAUCGUCGCCGUGCGAAUCACUGCCAUCAUUCGAGCAGCCGUUACCAUCGCCUGUCAAAACGGCAUGGGCCCCACAGCUGUCACGAAGCUUGGUUUCUGGAAGCUUGUCAGAGCUCAGCUGCAGGAUGACAAAACCUUCAACUCUGCAAGCAACGAGGAACUUCUGGCCUGGAAGCACAUGGUCGAAGUCUAUCAUGCGGCAUGGAUAAGAAACGCGGAGCAAGAUCCCACGAGCAUUAGGUCUCACGUUGCUACUCCCCACAGCAACUCCCCCAACAGCUAUACCCUUUAG